UGAACGGGACGGUGCGGGAGGAGCUCAUUGCCAGCAAAACGAGUGAGGAGAUUGUGCAGCUGGCUACCAAACUGGCCGGCCAGUCCGGCCUCGACAUCGUCCGCAUCCGCAAACCCUUUCACACUGACAACCCCAGUGUGCAGGGCCAGUGGCACCCCCUCACCAACAAACCCUCUGCCCUCACCGUCCAGGGACCACGCCUGCAGCCCAAAUAA